CCGGAAGUAAACAAAACAAACUAUGCUUCUUACAUACCACAUUAACUGUCACUGGAAUGGUCAGCCUCUUGACCACCUGUCCACUGAGUUGUCCCUACAGAAGCAUGGCGGGGACUUAAAGCUUGAGAUCAUGUCUCCUUUCUUCAACACACCCAGCCCUGCAGGACAGCCUGGUCAGCCAUUUCCACAGCUGUGGGAUGAGGGAGAAGUUGUUGAGGCAUUUUUCUUGAAUGAUGACAACCAGUACUUAGAAGUGGAGUUUUCACCAUAUGGCCACCACUUAGUCCUUAUGCUGAAUGGUGUUAGGAAAUGUUUUAAGGAUAAACUGCCCCUUCAGUUCAGUGCCAAUAUUGAAGAUAAGAAGUGGACAGGUAGUGCUCUAAUCCCGCUGCCUUAUUUUCCUCCCAAAGUGACCAAGUUCAAUGCCUACGCCAUACACAACUGCAAUAAAGAGAGACACUUUGAGGCACUCUACCCAGUUGAUGCAGGAAAACAUACAGAACCCGAUUUUCAUAGGCUAGAGUAUUUCCAGCCUAUAGAUUUCAAGACACUUUUGCCAGAAAACUGGUCACCGGAUCACAAGUCAGCCUGGUGGACACAAGACCACUAG